AUGGCCCAAAAUGGAAAAUGGGUUAUUACGAGGGUCGGUUAUGGUAGUAGUUCAGGGCAACUAUCUUACAAUCCGGAAUUUAGCUAUGACGUAUGGCUAGGUAAAGGAAUACCCUCCGGUGACUGCUACCAAUUUAGAGGCCAACAAGCGGCUGAGAACUUUGCUUACAAAGCAGAAGAACUUACGGAUACACUUGCAGUUAUUUUGAAGAAUAGUGGGGCCCAGUAUCUCAUGUUGGAGAGAGUAGACUACUUCGGAAGCACGGUGCUUCACGUGGCGGCCGAUAAAACAUGGUACAUCGUGAAAGAUAUAUAUUCUCGUACAAAUGGCGCACUGUAUACAUUCAAUUUUAUGUUUACAACCACCGAUCAAGAUGUCAGCAAGGCCACAUGCUCUAUGUUUGUAUCAGAAAGCGAUGCUGUUACACAUGCAGCAUCUUUGAGCGGCACGACGACACAGGUUGCUGUAGCUACCACAGAUGCUAAAACAACAGCGGCCCAGACAGUUACAACUAAUACUCCGCCACCGUCAUUCACACAAGGAAACUCCGCACGAGUCAUUAUACCGCAUUCACCACGGACACGGGCGACAUCAGGACACUUUGUUGAAUCACAGGAUAUGCGUAACAAAUAUGUUGGCGAGAACAGACUUUGGAAUAUUACUGACGUCAAUCUGCUGCAAUGCAUACGCACGUGCCUUGCAGACGACAAAUGCGUGUCUGCAUUUUUUCUUGAAAACAGUUCCACUUGUACAGGACAUGGCGUGAUUUAUGGAAGUGGGGAUGUAUUGGCGCGAGUUUCGUAUUACGUCUAUUCAUAGGAACAUUUUUUGUACCAAAAUGAUUGUAUUUUGUAAUAGAAUGAAAAAUGUGAUACAAAGUACACUUUACAUAAAAAACAAAAAUCUGCAAAAUAUUCAUUAAAAAACACCAGCUGUAACGUA